AUGCGCCUGCGUCGCCUGACGGAAACCAAGAGCACCGGGAAGACUUGGGUGGAUGAAAAGACCCAGGCUGACUACAAGGCUGGCGGUGAGCGCCGUGAGUGGCUUGAGAUAGCGCUACUGGAGGCGUUGAAGAAACAUGGGACUGGCCGAGAUGCGUACAAACGUGUGAAGGCAGAGUUCUUGACUCGUGUAGUGGUGGUGCGAGAAAGGAUGCAGUCCAAGGAGCUGGAAACCACCGGCAAGUGGUUGACGGAAGAGAAGAUGAAGGCUGAGUAUGACAAGAAGUGGAAAUAUAAUGAAGAUGUGGAGGAUUUUUUUGUUGAGGAUGAAACGACGGUGAAGCUGAAGCGUGCGGAUUUGACCCGCCAAGUGGACACCACAGAGAUGGAUGACAGGGUCUUAGUUAUCGAACUAUUUUUUUAG